UGUAUUAGUUAAUUCUAUAAAUCAAACGUUUUUAUGUCAUUGCAGGACAUUCAGCAGGUGAGAAUGAAAGUAAAAACAUUUUAUUACUGAACAAAUAUUCAAAGAGAAUCAAUAACUUUCUAACUCAUGUUUUUCAUUAGACAAAGUGGUUUCAUCUCGUUAGCAUCGUCUGUUGGAGCUUCUGUGGAAAUCUGAUGGCACAAAAUGGUGGAACUUCCAGCGACACUUCCAGCGACUUUGAUGUUGUUUGGGAACAUGAAAGGACAACUGUCUGUCUGUCUGUCUGUCUGUCUGUCUGUUUGUCUGUCCACAACACAAAGGUGAACUUCCUGUGAUGGCUUUGAACAGAGAGUUAGUGAAACUUGUGACUGACUCAAGCUGCAGGGAAAAACGUGCAACUGUGGUGCAAGGAAGUGGAAAAAGGCUGAGUCUGAGUGUUUGAUGGUUAACUGCAGAUCUGUUUCUGAAAUGGCGCAAAAAGGUGUUCAGCUGCGUUUGGAAAACUUCUCUUGUGCGAUCUGCAUGGAGCUUCUGAAGAAUCCUGUGACGAUUCCCUGUGGACACAGUUUCUGUCUGAACUGUAUCAAGACCUUCUGGGACGGGAGGACGAUCUCCAGCUGUCCUCAGUGCAGAAAGACCUUCAGACCGAGACCAGACCUGACCAAGAACUUCAUGUUAGCAGAUUUAGUGGAGGAGCUGAAGAAGCCUGAGGUCCACGCUGCUCCUGCUGGAGUGAACGAUGUGGUCUGUGACGUGUGUGGGAAACUCAAAGCUCUCAGGUCUUGUGUGGUUUGUUUGGCGUCUUAUUGUGAAAAGCAUCUCCAGCCUCAUUAUCACUCGCCUGCAUUUAAGAAACACAAGCUGAUGGAGCCGUCCAAGCACCUCCAGAAGAACAUCUGCUCUCGUCACGUGAAGAUGAUGAAGAUGUUCUGCCGUUCAGACCUGCAGCACGUCUGUUAUCUGUGCUCGGUGGAGAACUCUGCCUCAGAACCAAAGACCAGAGCCCAGUUCCUCACGUACUCACAGGAAAUCACGCUGGAUCCAAACACGGCCAAUGACGAGAUGUUGUUGUCUGAGGGAAACCGAAAAGUCACAGCGACGUGGAAGAAGCAGUGUUACCCUCGUCACAAGGACAGGUUCACGGACUGGUGGCAGGUCCUGAGCAAAGAGAGUCUGACUGGACACUGUUACUGGGAGGUGGAGUGGAGAGGGGGCGGAGUCCGCGUCGCCGUGACGUACAAGAGCAUCAGCAGAUCAGGAGACUCACACAAAUGUAAAUUUGGAUACAAUGACAAGUCGUGGGCUUUGUAUUGUUACCAGAACAGCUGUGACUUUUAUCACAACUCCAUCAGGACUAAAGUCUCAGACGUCGAGUUUUCCAGAGUGGGCGUUUACUUAGACAACAUUGCAGGUCUUCUGUCCUUCUACAGAGUCUCUGACACCAUGAGUCUGCUUCACAGAGUCCAGACCACGUUCACUCAGCCUCUCUAUGCUGGAGUUGGACUUUAUUUCUCUUUCCCUGGAGACACGUUUGACUUCUGUAAACUCAAGUAGGAGCCGUUUGUUUUUUCGAGCAGAUGACCUUUGACCCACAUCAUGAACGUUCACGUUUGACGAACAUUCAUCAAACAUGAACCUUCAUGAUGUUUGAUGAACGUUCAUGAUGCUUGACGAACGUUCAUGAUGCUUGAUAUGUUUGAUGAACGUUCACGAUGUUUGGAUCACAGAGAAGAAUCACUUUAUCAUCAGUGAAGUCCCGACGGCUUCUAACAACUAAAAUAUCUGUUUCUGUCUCUCAGCGACAUCUGAAGUAAGAUGUAACAGCUGUGAAGAGACAAAGUUCUUCUGGAUCAAAAUGGAAACUUCAAAA